UCUAAGUUCAAACAAAAAAUGUUUCCAAUCUUAUUGCUCAUUCUGGCAAUUGGUCAGAUAUCCUGCGGAUCACGUAUCAUUGGUGGCCAGUACGCACAGUCAGGACAAUUUCCAUACCAAAUAUCGUUGCAGCUAAAUCAACGCCACCAUUGUGGUGGUUCAUUGAUUUCGGAUAUGGUUGUGAUAACAGCAGCACAUUGUGUCAUGGGCCAAAGCCCCACAAAAAUGCGAGUUGUUGCAGGUACUGCAGAUCUGUUGGCAGGCGAUGGCAAGGCUUUUGAGAUUGCUGACAUAGUGCGACAUUCACAAUACAAUCCCGAAACACAAGACUAUGACAUUGCGCUGAUCAAACUGAAAUCAGCCGUGCCAUUAGGUGGCAACAUACAAACUAUUGAACUGGCGAGCAGUGAGUCAAAUUAUCCUGCCGAUACUUUAGCCACAAUAAGUGGUUUUGGCGCCGUCAAUAUGCAAUUGCAAUUGCCAAAUAAGCUGAAGUUUGCGCAGGUGCAAUUGUGGAGUCGCGAUUUCUGUAAUCCAAAGAACAUUCCUGGCAUUACGAAUCGUAUGGUUUGUGCUGGACAUCCAAGCGGUCAAGUUAGUGCUUGUCAAGGUGACUCAGGUGGCCCAUUGACUGUUGAUGGAAAACUUUUCGGGCUGGUAUCUUGGGGUUUUGGUUGUGGUGCCAAAAUGCCAGCAAUUUACACUUAUGUCGGUGCUUUGCGCUCUUGGAUAACAGAAAACUCAGGUGUUUAA